AUGGCGGCUUUCUUUGUUGUCCUCUGCGCGCUCCUCGCUGGUGUCGCGGCCCAGCUCUCGGUCCCCGGCAACAGCACGUUUGACGCUCAAAUCAACCAAAUUCUGCACUGGGACGGCCUUCACCAGUCCAAUCUCGGCCUCGGACCCAAUGCGAUCGCCGCCGCGGCCAUGGCCAUCGGCGUCGUCAUCACGUUCUACGGCUUCAAGCUGCUUCGGCCCGUCAUCUUUGUCGCGGGUUUCCUCGUCGGCGCCGUCGCCGGCUUCAUUGGCGCCGAGAUGCUGCUUCAAACCAAACCGUAUGUCAUCGGCCUUGUGGCGCUCGGUGCCGUCGCCGGCGCCCUCGUCGCCACUCUGCUCCACACCUCGUUCGGCUACAAGUUGUAUCCAGAGAGUCCGCAAGUGGUAUUGUACGCGAUGCUAAUCGUGCUCAGUGUUCUCUUUGGCGUCCUCGCGAUCGUGCUCGAGCGGCCGUUUGUGAUUUUUGCCAUGAGCGCGUUUGGCGCCAUCAUGAUCACGUGGGGCGUGGGGUACUUUGCCGGCGGGUACCCGAACGCAACGCACCUGCCGCAGUCGCUCAAGAAUGGCACUGUGAGCGUCGACAUUCCGUACUCGUGGUGGGGCUACGUCGUUGGCACCGUUGUCUUGUGCAUUCUAGGCAUGUACUUUCAGAUGCAGUCAACGGCGCGACCGCCAAAAGAGCUCAAGCGUUACGUCGGUCUGCGCGGCAACCCGUUCGCACACUGCUAA